AAAAAACAAUAAUAAUUUUUAGUAUAAAUAUGUCGGUUAAACUCUAUUAAAAAUCAGAGUUUAUUAAACGUUCUCAAGAACUACUAGUCAACGUUUUAAUAAAAAUUUUUUAUUUUUUAAAUUCAAACAUGAAGUUCGCAAUUGUCGUAGUCAUGUUAGCUUUAGCACUUGGUGCACAAGGAUCAGCUAUUCCGUGGGCAGCACAUGGUUGGGGUGCUUGGGAUGAUGGUUGGCAUGGUGGACCAUAUGAUGGACAUUGGGGUGGUCCAUGGGGACAUCAUGCAGCUGUAAUUACACCUGGAAUUGCAUUAUCACAAGGACCACAUGGACAUUGGGCCGGACAUCAUGGACAUGCUUCAGUUGCAGUACAUGCACCAGUACAUGGUCAUGGUCAUGAUGGACACUAUGUUGCUAAAACACUUGGUGCUGUUCAUACAGCUCCAUUAGCCGGUCAUGUUGCAUCAGUAUCAUCAGUUAAUGUUGCACCAGCACCAGGAACUCAUCAUUAAAUCAAACUUUUUUCUUUAUUUCGUAUAUUUACGGCUAGUAUAUAUUGUCACAACUUCAUGUUAUCUUUUUCUUGCAAAAACUUAACUAUAUAUAAAUAACAAUAUAACAGCAGCAACCUCAAUACACGAAAAUAAAAAAAAAAAACAAACAAACACAUUAAUAAUAAAAUGUCCUCUAUCGCUUUUUUUUAUUGAAAUGUUAAUUAUUAUGUUAUCACAUAUUUUAUUUUCAUAAUUAUUAUAAUAUUGUCAUAUUAUUAUUUAUAAAUAAAAAAUAAGUUCAGAAAUGUUACUCAUAAAAUUUAGGAUCAUGAAUGUAUUUUAAAAAAUAUAUAAAAAAAUUCUAAUGGAAGAAAUACGAA